AUGUGUUGGUCUGGAAUUCCUCAUGUUUGUAGGAACGUGGCAUGGAAAAUAUUAUCAAGGUACCUGCCACUGAUGGCAGAUCGGCGAGAGAUGAUGCUGAAGAAGAAGAGGCAGGAGUACUUCAACCUGGUCGAUCAGUAUUAUGAAACGAGGAAGCAAGCCAUACACGCAGAUACAUAUCAUCAAAUACAUAUUGACAUACCUCGGAUGAGUCCUCUCAUUCCUCUGUUUCAACAGGAACUAGUUCAAGAAAUAUUCGAGCGUAUCCUGUACAUAUGGGCCAUACGACAUCCGGCCAGUGGUUACGUGCAGGGCAUCAAUGAUUUGGUCACACCAUUCUUCGUUGUUUUCAUCACUGAGUACAUUCCCCUUGAUAUACGAACGUACAAAGUAAACAGUCUUCCAGAGUCAGCCAUUCAAAACCUUGAGGCAGAUAGUUUCUGGUGUUUUUCCAAGUUGUUGGACGGCAUACAAGACAACUACACAUUCGCUCAACCGGGCAUCCAGAAACAGGUCAACACAUUGAAGGACCUCAUGAUGAGAAUCAACAGUGAGUUGCACCAACAUUUAACGAGCAACCACGUUGAAUAUCUACAAUUCGCCUUCAGAUGGAUGAACAAUCUGCUUAUGAGGGAAAUGUCACUGAUGUGUGUCAUUCGACUCUGGGACACUUACCUGUGUGAAUCGGAGGGGUUUGCUUCAUUUCACUUGUACGUUUGCGCGGCACUGCUCAACAAAUUUUCUUCUGAACUCUUGCAAGAAAAAGAUUUCCAAGGUUUGAUGUUGUUUUUGAAGAACCUUCCAACUCAACACUGGAACGAUGAUGACGUCAGAUUUUUGCUUGCAGAUGCCUACCGUUUAAAAUUUGCUUUUGCAGACGCCCCUAGCCAUUUGAAAGAAUAA